AUGACCGUCAACACAUAUCGUGUUUAUGACAUCGAGGCGGGGCAGGUGGUUAUCAGCCGCGAUGUCAACUUCGACGAGUCCACCUUUGGACUUCAACUGCCGAUCACUGAUGAAGAUGUCGAUGACCUGGACUUCGAAUUGCUGGAUCUUGAUGACGAAGAGCUGCGUCAAAUGGAGUACAAGCAAACAGGCAAGCGCAAGAACCGACUCAAUGAUGAAGAUACAGCAGCUCCACGACCGCGUGCAGUGCGUCAACGACCAGGAAUAGAAGAGUCAAGCGCGCCGGAAAACAACUCGUCACGACAAGAAGAAGACGAAGAAACGAAGGAUUCUGGUGAUUCAACACCGCCUGUGUUUUGGCGUGCGAGUGCAAAUGCCGUUGAAGCAGCAGUGGACUUAUCAGAACCCUCAACAUUUGAAGCAGCAGUAAGCGGCCCUGACCAAGUGCACUGGAGAAAAGCAAUUCAUGCAGAGCUCGAGUCAAUGCGACUUCGCGGUGUGUUUCGUGCAGCCAAGCUGCCCAACGGACAACGCGCCAUUGGCACAAAAUGGGUGUUCAAGAUCAAGCGCAAGGCGGAUGGGUCAAUCGAGAAGUACAAGGCACGACUUGUGGCCAAGGGUUUCCGCCAAAAGUAUGGCAUCGACUACACGGAGACGUUUUCGCCUGUGGUCAAGUAUGUGACGCUGCGAAUGGUGAUCGCAAUUUCCAAGCAUUUUGGAUGGCCCAUCGACCAGCUUGAUGUGGUGACAGCUUUCCUGUAUGGCGUCAUGAAGGAACAAGUGUUCUGCGUGAUUCCUGAAGGCGUCGAACUUGACAGUACGUUCGACUGCCUGGAAUUGGUGAAGUUAAUUUACGGCCUCAAGCAAGCGUCGCGAGUGUGGAACGAGACGUUCGACGAGUAUGUGUGCUCCAUCGGAUUUCAAGUAUCGGACUUCGACCCAUGUCUCUACAUCAAGACUUCGGACGGCCAUUGCGUGUUUAUACUGGUCUACGUGGACGACGUCUUGGUGACUGGAAGCUCGCUCGAGCUGAUUGCACAAACCAAGAACGACCUGAAGACGCGGUUCGAAAUGACGGACAGCGGCAAGUGUGCGUUUGUUCUUGGGAUCGAGCUUUUGGACGGUGAAGAUGGCAGUGUGACACUAUGUCAGCGUCGGUAUGUCGAUGAUAUCCUCAAGCGCUUUGGCAUGGAUGAUUGCAAGGCAGUCGCAAGUCCAGUCUACAUGAGCUCUCGACUUGUUUCAAGUGAUGCAACUACCAAGGUCGAUGCUCCUUUUCGCGAAGCUGUUGGUGCGUUGAUGCACCUGACCACUGCAACGCGUCCGGACAUUGCGUUUGCUGUGGGCUAUGUGUCGCGGUUCAUGGAAAAUCCCCAAGAAGAACACUGGGUUGCAGUUAAGCGUAUCUUUCGCUACCUACAAGGCACCAAGACGCAUGGAAUUUGCUACAAGCCAAGUGCAAGGAUCGACUUCCGUGGAUAUUUGGAUGCGGAUUGGGCUGGUGAUCUUACCGACCGCAAGUCAACAUCGGGGUACACGUUCAUGCUACUCGGUGCGCCAGUCAGUUGGGGCAGCAAGAAGCAGCCAAGUGUUUCGUUGUCCACGAGUGAAGCCGAAUACAUCGCACUCAGCUUGGCGAUUCAAGAGGGCAAGUGGAUUCAUCGUCUGCUUUGUGAGAUCGUGAUGGCUGCCAAUGAAGAAGGACCGGAACUCAUGAUCCAUGAAGACAAUCAGUCAUGUAUCAAGAUGACGAAGAACCCAGUCAACCACGGCCGUGCCAAGCACAUUGAUAUCAAGUACCAUCACAUCCGUGAUGAGGUCAAGCGUGGUGAAGUGAAGCUCAAGUACUGUGAAACUGCGGUGAUGUUAGCGGACAUCAUGACGAAGGGACUUCACGGGCCACGCCACAAGAAGAUGACGGCGACUCUCGGGAUUCGUGAGCAUUCGGAUUGA